AGGAAUUCAAAGUUUUCGAGAUUACCAUAUGAAAAUGUAAUUAGUACUCGCUACUCGAGCCAAACAAGAAAUUUUACCGGGAAAAUUUAAAAAUAGGAAAGAAAGGCGCUUGGGGGCGGGAUCACAUAUGUAUAAGUAAAGAUAGGUCAAGUGACCCAAGUCACUCUCCUCAUCGUCUUUCCCUCCUAAUCGUCUAUCUACCGAUUUCAGCUUCAGGAGCUUUUCGUUUUCUCUUUAUUUAAUCUCUUUUUAUGAACCCUAAAACCCAGCGCAUACAAGUUUCCAAAUAUACUGCUGUAUACAGUAUACCAGAGCUUUUAUCACCAGGAAAAUCACCCACCAAGUUGGCCUUAUUAAACAAGAGAAAUCUUAAGUCUUUCUUGUUUGAUAUGUGUUGAUUGGCUCUUCAAUUUAUGGGUAGUAUGUUUGAAGCCCAGCUCACUGACAACACAGGUUUUCAGGCGAAAGACGAAGUUCUUGAACCAAAUUGUGUGACCUCAUGGGGUCUUGGCUCUCAUCCUGAUGUAGAGGCCUUGUUAAGCAUAAAAGAAAGAGACCCAUCUGAUACUCGUGAAAUUCAUGCUAUUAAGAAAUCAAGUGGUGCUUCAGAGAAUGGGAGUUGUAAUGCUCCCUUGGAGCAAAAGGACCCUAUGAAAGUGUGGCAAGAAAUGAAAAAGAAUGGUUUCCUCUCACUACCUGCAUCUCAACCAAUACUAAAAAAGCAUGUUAGGAAGUGCACAAAUGACAUGGCUAAAACUGAAAUGCUCAGUAGAAAAAUGAAGGUUGCAAAGAUAGAACAUGUUGACAGGUUCCCUAAGGUUUCUGCACCAAGUGGGUUGCUUGAUGAUCUGAAUCCGGGGAUUAUAAACCGCUUAAGAAACCGUAAACAGGUUUAUUCAAUAAUUCAGGCCUUGGUUAGAAGUGUGGAGUUGGAAAAUACUCAAAGCAAGCAGCAAAUUCUGUUUAGAGAGGAAAUUAAGGAUUGUGAUCUGAAUGAAUGUUCAAAUGCUCUACCAUGCGGCAGUCAAGUCAGUGGAUGGCCCAUGUACCCAACUAGGCCUAUCCGCAUGAACUCAGAAAAGAAAGUAGGGGUUGAUGAUUUGAGUGUAGCUUUGAGAAAGAGUCAAGAUCACAGGAAUGAUAAGGAAGAAGUAAAGUUGCGGUCAUCUGGUACUACAGUUUCAGAGAAUGCAAACUCUGCUGAUGAAACCAUGUUGACAGAGAACAUAAGCUCUCAGGAAGAGUCAGAAGAUAAUGGAGUGGUUUCUCCUUUUGAUCCCAAAGCUUCUCAAUGGUUGGGACUCCUUUGCCGGGAUAUUAGAGGGCGCCUUGCAGCACUAAGACAGAGUAGGAUGAGGGUUAAGGAUGUACUCCAGAUGGAACUGCCUUUACUGAUAUCGGAAGAGUUCUCACCAAUCAAAGAAAAUGAACAAUUUUCUGCUCCCGAAUCUUCCAUGAGCAUAAUUCUUCACAUGCAUCAAGCGAGGUGGACUGCAUUGUUUGAUCAGAUGGAUAAAGUACUUCACGAAGAAAUGAAUCAUCUUGAGAUCUGGUUGAACCAAGUAGAAGAAGUGCACUUAUUGCAUAGGCAGCGUGUGCCUCAUGCUGAUUGGUAUUCAAGACAUGAUAUCAGCAGCAGCAAGGCAUAGCAGAGUUUAAUACCAGGCAGGGAGGAAUGGAAUAAUUUGGUUCCUUUUGUGAGUGGUUGGGGAUGCCUUUAGAUACAUGUGAUUAAGUUAAUGGUGGAAUCAAUUUUUGCCCUUUGUAAAGUCUUGGCGAUUGCACACUAGACUAGGUUUUACCUUGCCUUAAAAAGUCAACGAGUUUCCCAUUCACAGGUUGCCAUCUUCUUCUAGGUAAGGCCUACAUUGUUUUCUAUCCUGGUUAACUUGAAUAACUACUCCAGUCUAAUCACAAUGGCAUUGCUUCAUAAUUCAUCCCUGUGUAUUUUGUGGUGUAGUAAUCUCAUUGAUCUGUAUUCAAACUACCUUUCAAGUAUAAUGUUAUUCUAAAUUACACCUUGCAUUAUUA